UUCUUGUAGAUUAUAGUCUGAUAGGCUUCCCCCAUAAAUCUCCCCUUUGAGGUUUGUGAUAUCAGAUGUUAUUAAUGCUUCACUGCUCUUUAAUGAAGGACUCGCUGUACGUCUCUAGUGUUUUCAACGGUAAAGGCAUCAAUAGCGCAGCGAACACCAAUGGGACUGCAUAACUCUCAUCCGAAGCUUUACCCGGGAGAUAUUCUUGAGUUUCCCGGAAACAGUUACUUUUCUCAUUUUGGAGUUUACUAUGGUGAACGGGACGGAGUUCCUUACGUGGCCCAUCUGACCAUCAGAGAUUCAGACACCAAACUCCUCCUCUUCGGCCGAGCUUUAAACGCCGGAGUAAAGCUUGACCCGCUUGAUGUAGUCGGGAAGAGAUACAAGGUAAGAAACUACUUGGAUGACAAGCAUCCACCCCGAGAUUUCUACUCUCUCAUCAAGCCGGAGAUCGAUGACAUCAUGGCGAAACCCAUCACCUUUGACAUCCUUUUCAACAACAGCGAACAUCAGGCCACAAUGUUUCGAUACGGGAUUAAAAAGUCAGAGCAGAUUGAAAAAGUCUAUUUCAAGAUAGUUCCCACCUGGAAAGAUUUAUUUGAGAAGAAAAAGCUUUAAGGGACUCGUGCUGCAUGAAGACAAGAGUUCAAGAUCAUACAAAAACAUACUUUCUUUCUUAAAUAAUUC